AGGCAUCAUCCCUGACAACAUUGACUCUGCAAAGCGUUUAUUUUCAAGUAACGGUUUCUUUUUUUUUUUCCUAUUGUAAAUCAUAUAGCAAUGUAGGUGAAUGCAUGAAUAAGGGGAGAGAUAUACAGUAAUAAAAAUGCAGCAUUUGUCAAGUGGAGGUAGACAAUAUGCGUCACAUUUUUAUACUGGAUAUAACAGUGAAUGGACAAUACUGGAACUGCAUGUGCUGUUAAAAUUAGAAUUUCGUCUAAACUGAUGUAUAAAGUGGCUCACAUGGCCGACACAGAAAUAUGACCAGCUGUCAACACAAAUCCAUGCUGCACUGCACACGGAAUGGACUCCAGCGGUGAUGAAAAACAGGAAUGGACAGAGGACCAAUGGGAGAAAUGGUUGACUCAUGACAUCGGUUUGGAUGAAUUUGAAGAUGAGGAUCUGUCUGAAAUCACAGAAAUCACUGAUGAGUUUGUUCUCAGGGGACGCUGCCACGGCUCCGACAUCAAGGAUCAUGUGAAGAAGGCACCCAGUAGUGGUCUGGAGGAGAUGGAGGCGGGAGCAGUAGCUCAGAUUCAGUCAGAGGAACAGCCCUUACAUCUAAUUGACGCUUUGGACAGGACUCCGAGAGCGGCCUGUCAACACGACAGCAAAGCACCCACUAUGGAUUCACCUGCUCUUCCUGUCACCAUGGAUACCUACCGUCCAAAAAGACCCACCACUCUCAACUUAUUCCCGCAGAUACCCCGCACUCAGGACACUUUAAACAACAACUCAUUUGCAAAGAAGUUCAGCUGGCAGGAGAAAAUCUCUCAGUCCUCAUCGCCCCUAAAAUCAGGAGAGCUGACGCCAUCUCGUGAGCACAUCUGUCUGAGCGAUGAUGAGAAGCUCCAGCAGGGCGGCAGUGGAAGUCGGGUUCAUCUGAAAGACUGUGGCACCUCGACUGACAAGCUGCCCAUCAGUUGCUCCUCUAAAAAGACUCUUGCUUCCUCUAUGCCACCCUGUAAAGCCAGCGUUCACCGAGAGGCAGGUCACUGUGAGCGGAUUCGUUAUCACACCGAUGUUUGUCUUGAAGCUACAGAAGAAAUCUAUCUGACGCCGAUCCAGCGUUGCACCGAGGCUGUGGAACAAGAGAGAACCUCGGCACUAGCCCAAGUCAUCGAGAAAAAGCCAACGUCCGUCAACUCUGACAAUGAAGCACCUCCACCAUAUGAGCCCCCUUUUCAUGAGCAUAUAAUUCCAUCCAUCAGAGAGCAAGAGGAGAUGCUUCAACCACCUUCGUAUUCCUCAUGUGUGGAAGCUUUGGCCACUCGAGACCUUGACAGCAGCAGUGAAGAUGUCUUCGGAGAUCUGUGUUAUAAAGAUUGUGGUGCUGGAGAGGCUCAUGCUCCUCACGAGUGCUUGCCAGGAACUCUGAUUCACCCUGGUACUCUUCGGAUGUCUGAGAGCAACUCGGAUGCAAGCGGACUUUCUUACGAUUCUGUGAAGUACACACUGGUUGUAGACGAACAUGAUCAGUUGGAGCUGGUCAGCUUGAAAGAGUGUUACCGUGGCUAUAGUGAUGAUAGCGAUUCUGCAACGCUCUAUGAUAACUGUGUGUCCUCUCCAUAUGAGUCAGUGCUUGAGAAAGAGUACGAGGAGGAUGAGGAUGAAGACAAGGGAAAAAAACUGUGUGGGAUCCAACGCAAAGCUUCAAGCUGCCCUUCAGAGGACUCCACGCCUGAAGCUGACAUUCCGUUUUCUCGGAAAUUUGUUAAUGUCAUCAUGAAUGGCUGUUCACGCUCUUCCAGUACAGAAUCAUUUGGCUUGUUUUCUUGCACAAUUAACCGAGAGGAGAGGGAACAGACUCACAGAGCUGUCUACAGAUUUGUUCCUCGUCAUGACGAUGAGCUGGAGCUGGAUGUUAAUGACCCUCUUUUGGUGGAGGUAGAGGAUGAGGAUUACUGGUAUGGAGGCUACAACAUGAGAACAGGAGAACGUGGUAUCUUUCCUGCCUAUUAUGCCAUUGAGGUAUUCAAGGAGCCAGAGAAUUUAAAAGUAGCAAGUUCUGAAUGGGUGGAGCAGUACAGAUUGAAAUUUCUCGGCUCAGUCCAAGUGUUGCAGCACAAAGGCAAUGAUGUGCUGUGUGCAGCCAUGCAGAAGAUUGCGAUGAACAGGAGACUGACGGUGCACUAUAAUCCACCCUCAUCCUGUGUGCUGGAGAUAAAUGUAAAAGGACUGAAGCUCACAGUGCAGGACGAUUAUGAAAGAAGCAGCCAAUAUAGUCACUUUUUUCAUUUGAAAAACGUCUCAUUUUGUGGCUACCAUCCCAGAAACAGAAAGUAUUUUGGCUUCAUUACAAAACACCCGGCUGACGAUCGAUUUGCCUGUCAUGUGUUUGUGUCCGAGAACUCCACUAAACCGCUGGCAGAAUCUGUGAGGAAGGCGUUCCACUUAUACUACAAAGUGUUUGUGGAUGUCACGUGUCCAACAGAAGAUAUCUACCUGGAAUAAACCUCAUCACCUCUUCACUGCAAAGAGCUGUACAACAGUACAUAAUACCUACACUACAGGAAUAUAUGAGAAAUAAUAUCAGAAAAUAAUCAAAGACUAAUAUAUCUGACAAACAAUAAGGACCAAAAACGAGGUAGAGAGCUGGUUGUAAACGUUGAUUAUAUGCAUAAAUGAAUUGAUGAAUUUAAGUGAUUCAUCCUCUAGUCGAUGCACAGAGGAACUGAAAAAGCAUUAUGAUACGAUAUUAAAGACUGACAUUAUUUUCCAGAACGCUGAGGAUUUUGAAAGCUUUGCGAGAGUGCUUAUAUAAUUUUUUACUGAUUUAGUGUGUUGUGAUUCUGUGUUUGCUUCAAGCUUAACAGAGAUAAGAAAGAGUUUUGUUCUAUUUGUAAUAGCACAAAACACACUUACCAUAUUCUCUGUAAAAUACAUCUACAUUCAUUCAUGUGUACCAGUUUCCAUGUGAUUAACAAAACCGCCUUUUACAGGUUUACCAGCAUAAUUAAUAUCUUCCUGUAAUGUGAAACUGAUCAACGUCAUGAUAAUUCAUUUGAAAUGCCGAAAAAAGGGUUCCUGCUCAAGCUGGUCACCAAAAAUAAAAAAACACAGUGCCAUUCAAGAGUUUGAGUCCACGGUGAAAAUCAGGGAUUUAACUGAAACCUGCAAAUCAACAAAGUUUUCAGAUUUUGAAAAAUGUAAAACAAAUAAAUGUUAUGACAUAAAUAAGAA